GGAAUCCAGAGUCGCAAAAUAAACACAGCCGAGCCGCUAAUCGCCAGUUCGGAAACAAAACAGCGCUGUGCUCGGGGAUCUGGGCAAAAUCAGCCCUCUCUCCCCCGGCUCCUUCCCGCUUCCUCCCCUCCUAGCGCUGCUCGGCUCGCUCAGCCGCCAAGCCGACGCAGGCACGGUCUCCCAGUCACCAAUGCCAGCUCUGAGCUCCCUCUCUUCAUCCGGGCUCCGCCAGGUCUCCCGUCCACGGGGACCACUUUGGGCAGGAGUCUCGUGGCGAGGGCCGGCGGCAGGGCACAAAGUUGGGGGUCCGCGAGGAUGAGGCUGUCCCUGGCGUCGCUGAGGCUGAGCCUGAGUCCGGCGCUGCUGGCCCUGGCACUGCCUCUGGCUGCGGCGCUGGCCUUCUCCAAGGAGACCCCGGACAAAGCGCCAAGUCGGAGGGCUACUGCAGCCCCAUCCUGCGCGCCCAGGGCACACGGCGCGAGGGCUACACCGAGUUCAGCCUCCGCGUGGAGACCGACCCUGACUUCUACCAGCCGGGAACCAGCUGCCGCGGAAGUAACAGAAAAUCACAAAGACAGAAGAUUUGGGAUACUGCUCUAUCAUUCAUCCUGGCAAAGCUGGAGACACUCCAUGCAGCAUUGUUAUCCUUCUCUGGUGCUUUAUGUUUGGGGACCAUGCCCUGGUGAAGGUUUCCCAACUGUCAGCCGCUUGUUCUCAGGAGCAGAGACUCCAAUGUAUGGAAGCUUUGCAUUGCCUACAAAUUCUCAAGGAGGGAGCCCGCAAUGGCGGGGGCGGCUGCUACAGCGAAACGGCAGGGGCCGUGGUGGACACCGGCUGAUCACCAAGCAGCCAAACCUGAAUGACGCCUAUGGGCCGCCCCGCAACUUCCUGGAUAUCCAUGUGAGCAACCCGCAGACGGUGGGGGUCGGCCGGGGCCGCUUCACCACCUAUGACAUCAGGGUCAAGACAAAUCUUCCUAUUUUCAAGCUGAAGGAAUCUACUGUGAGAAGAAGAUACAGUGACUUUGAAUGGCUGAGAAGUGAAUUAGAAAGGGAAAGCAAGGUUGUAGUUCCCCCGCUCCCUGGAAAAGCAUUUUUGCGUCAACUUCCUUUUAGAGGAGAUGAUGGAAUAUUUGAUGACAAUUUUAUUGAGGAAAGGAAGCAAGGGCUGGAGCAAUUUAUAAACAAGGUCGCUGGUCAUCCUCUGGCACAGAAUGAACGUUGUCUUCAGUUUUUACAGGAUGAAAUAAUAGAUAAAAGCUAUACUCCAUCUAAAAUGAGACAUGCCUGAAACUUGGCAAGAAGAGGCAAAACGUGACUAUUAAUGAUUCAUAUGCACCAGUCAAGAAGUUUUAACUAACUUGUAGCAUGCUGCACAGAAACUGGUAUAACAUGCCUUCAGUACACUAACGCUCAUGCUCAGUUUUGUUUUGUUUUGUUUUGGCAGUUGACAAGAAGUUAAUUUGCUUUAGUGAAAAAUCUCUCCUUCCAGCCUUUCUAUAUAAAUAGCUCUUCCUUACUGUUUUAAUGUGGUGCACACUAUAGCCUUACAAACUUGUUAUUCCAAUGUAAUCUGCAAUGUCCUAACUAAAGUUACUGACUUGGUCUUAUUUGCACAGUUUUUGUGUCAUGUUUGCCUCUGGAAUCUGAUUAAAUAGAAUAUUUCUCUUUCCCCCUUUUAAUAUGUGAUGUUACUUGACCUAAUUUAUGUGUAGGAGCACUACACCACUGGUUUCCAAUACCACACAUGUAAGAUACACACUUGUGUGCAGAAGGUAUCUUCCUUCAGGCUUGUAACCCUUUACAUGGAAGAUUAAUGAGAGAAAUCUUUAUAUUCUGUAAAAACAAAAUCAAAUUUAUAUACUAAACUCAUUUGUCUAAAAAUUUAAGUUGUUUUCAGAUAAAAAUUAAAAUGCAUUUCUGACAU